AUGCAAAAUUGGAGGAAGGGACAGGCUGCUGCUCGAUCACAUUCCCGUCCGACUUCACUAGAUGACAUGGCAAACGAUCCCAAGAGGAACAGCGCAAGACUGCUUAAACUUCUCACCCUCUCCAUUCCUGUUCUCUAUCUCUCCCUUUCCAAGCUGUGA